AUGCUGGGGCUGGCCGGUGGGCACACGCGGAAGGCGGUGGUCUCCAGGCAGUUGGUUCCACGAGCAACAGGCGCUCGCACGGAAAGGUGUGGCGCACCACGAGGGUCACGCCGCCGGCACGCCCACUGCAAUGCCCUGCUGCAAUCACUUGCACAGAGAGACAAUAAAGAGUGUGUGGAUGUGUGCCUAGAACACAGCGACCGUCACCUCCAGAGAAGUCCAUCGUGGCACCGUCCGUCACGCGUCAGCACACACCGAGCAACGCCUGCAACCAGCAAAGUAAAACCAAAGAGGGGAAAGAAGAAUGACCCCAAGAGCAGGCAACACCUCCACACAUGGCGGACAUCGUGCAGCCGCGUCAUCAUUUCAGCACGGGAUGCAGGCCAACGUUCCACCGUCGCCAAGACAUUCCUGCAGAGCGCCGUGCGACUAAGUAUGUGUGUGUGUGCCAGAGGGUCAGAAAAAAAGAGGAGCACAGGGAGACGCAUCAACAUGGCAGGAGGCACAGCUGGAUGGCAGCGAUACAUGCGGUACGGAACCAACCUCAACAAUCGCUCACGGUGGCAACACACACACAUCCGCAAAAACAAAAAAAACAAAAGAAAAGAAAAACACGGCGGCAGGGUGUGGCUUUGUGUGUGGAGCUGCGGGUGUCUGCCCGCCCUGGCCGCAAAGAAAACAAAACAAAAGGAAAGAAAUGUGUGCUCCGCCCCACAGGCCCUCGUCGCACGCCCACACGUCACGGCUCCCUCAGCGCGCCGUUCGUCGCGGCCCCUCCUCAUGCGUGCAGCAGGCGAGGCGCACAGGGCCGUCGUCAUGAGCGUGUCGGUGGGUGUGCGAGUGGAGCAGUUGGGCGGGAAACACACGGCACCCCUCGCAGGAAGAGUGCAGCAACAAACAAUUAAAGAGGGAAGAGUAGAAAAGAAAAACACGUCCAUCGUGAUUGCCCCAAAAAGCAAAAAGAAGAGAUGGGGCAGUGAGAUAAAAGAACAAUAA